AUGCCCAAGGCAAACAAGUCCGGCGUCUCUCGCCGGGCAUGGAACCUCCUGCGACUCGUGCUGCUCUGGGCGAGGCGAAGUGGGGCUUUCAAGCUGCAGCUCCGCCUGCUCAUGCCCAAGUUCCUCAAGACCAUCGGCCAUGCGGCGGCCCCUCGCAGCCACAUCUGGUAUGGUGAGCGGGAGCUCUCCUUCGAGAAGACGCCGGUUGUCCACGUGAAGAUGCACCGUCCUGGGUCGAUGCGGUUCAUGCUCCCGUGCAUCAACCCUAAGGUAGAUUUCGAUAUGGAGUUCGAUGACGAGGACGGCGAUAGAGUUUGUUACGACGACAACUAUGGGAGGAUCGAACGCGAGGAGGAAGAGCGGGAGAACGACUCUAGAGCAGAAGAGUUCAUAGCCAAAUUCUACGAGCAAAUCAAGCUGCAGAGGCAGAUGUCGUACCUUGAGUACAAUGAGAUGCUGAACCGAAGCGCGAGUUAA